GCUCUGCUCGCGUUCAUGGCGAUGGGCGGCUGGUUCGCGUGGCCGAACGAGGUGCACGCCCACGCUGGGGACCUGGUGGCGCUCGUCGAGCGCUGCUGCCACGUGGACCCCAGCCAGCGGCCCAGCGCACACCACGUGGCAAACGACUUGCUGCAGAUCGCAGAGCUGCUGCGCGCGCAGUGCUCCGAGGACGAACUAGAGGCGGCGUGGAGUGGGUAG